UCAAUACAUGCAAGCGGACGGUUUUAAGUAAAUGCAAAUUUGAAAAGCGCGAAAGUUUAAGUGAUUUUUAAUUUUGUAGCUUAAAAAAUAAUAGAAUGUAUUUACUAAUUUUAAAACUAUUGACCAAAGAAUUUCUACUUUUAAUAACAACAUUAACAAUUUUAAUUUAUGUAUGGUUUCAAUAUCAGUAUACGUAUUGGACGCGGAGAGGUGUGUUGGGACCUAAUCCAGUGGCGCCUUUCGGCAAUGUGAGGGAUGUGAUAGCUCGUAAAGCGCAAUUUUUCCAGCCGUAUUGUGAUAAUUAUUUUAAAUAUAAACAUUUGCCGUACAUCGGUAUGUACUGUUUCCAUCGGCCAGUGUUGUGUGUGAUAGACCCAGAUGUGAUAAAGCACGUCUUGAUAAAAGACUUUGAUCAUUUUCAAUCGCACGGGAUAUUUUCCGGCGGCGUCGGUGAUCCGAUCGCCGGCCACCUAUUUAACCUACAUGGAAAUACUUGGAAGAAUUUACGAGUUAAAAUGUCGCCUUCAUUUUCAACCAGCAAAUUCAAAACUAUGUAUUCUUUAGUUGAAAAUAUUGCGAACGACGCGUUGGCUUACGCGGAUACAUACCACGACAGUGGGAAAUCUUUAAAUUUCUCAAAGUUCUAUGAGACUUAUACGAUGGAAAUUAUUGGGAGCGUCGGCUUUGGCGUCGAGUGCAAUGGUUUCAAGAAUCCGAAUUCGGAGUUUUAUGUUCGAGGACAUGAGUACUUUAAUCCGCAAACUUUGUAUUGGACGUUGGUUCGUGCGCUGGCAUUUUUUGCACCGGACUUGUUUAAGAAAUUGAAAAUAAGACGUAUCCAUCCGGACAUAGUCAACUUCUUCUACAAUUUAGUAACACAAACAGUCGAGUACCGUCAAAAAAAUAAUUUUAAAAGGAAUGAUUUCUUACAAACACUAAUAGAGUUGAAAAAUGAUGACUCUAUUGACGACAAAGGUGAGAAUAAAAUACAGCGAGGUAUAUUCUCAAUGACGGAUGUAGCAGCCAAUACGAUGCUUUACAUGUUUGCUGGAUACGAGACGUCAGCGACGGCUGGUCAGUUAGCAGCCUACGAGCUGGCUCUUAACCCCCACGUGCAGGAUAAGGCCAGGGAGGAGGUGACGCGGGUUCUGGCCAAAUACAACGGACAGUGCACGUAUGAUGCACAGAAUGAAAUGACUUAUAUGAACAUGGUGAUAGAUGAAUCAAUGAGGAAAUAUCCACCAAUGCGAUCGCUAUUCCGAAGAUGCACUAAAGAGUACAGACUGCCAAAUAGUGACGUGAUCAUUGAAGAAGGGACUUUGGUAUUCAUUCCUAUCCAGGCGAUACAAAUGGACCCCGAUAUAUUCCCAGAUCCGGAAAAAUUUGAUCCGGAGAGAUUUUCCCCGGAGAAGAAAGCAAAAAUGCACCCCUGCCACUGGAUGCCUUUCGGUGAAGGUCCUCGAAAAUGUCUAGGUCUGCGUCAAGGCUACGUGGAGUCGAAGCUUGCGCUCGUGAAGUUGUUGCACAAGUAUGAGUUGAUAUUGGACGAGAGGACACCGGUGCCGAUGAAGAUCAAGGCCUCCGCGCUCGCUUGCGUGCCUGACGGCGGAGUUUGGCUUAAGCUUAGAAAAUUGGAAGCGUAAGCAAUAGAUUUGCGUUAUUGUAUAGCAAAUAUUUGAUCAAAUGUUUGGUGGAUUGGAUCUUUGUCUCAAACCUUGGACAUGUAGUCGAGUGAAGCCAAACAAGAAAUGCUUCUCAUAUUGAGACAUUUGGUUUAUAUUUUAGAAAACCCGCUCUUUGUAGUAAAUUAAAUUCAUAU